AAGCGCUGAAACUUUAACUGACAUCCAUUUAAAUUAAAGCAUUUCGAUGUUUUUUGUACAUUUAAACGCGGUUAGUUUAUUUGGGUGAGUAUUCUCUCGUCUUUAAACGGUUAAUUUCAUUCCGAGGUGACGACUUGUUUUGCUGUUGGCUCCGUCACACGUGAGGCAGAGGCGGAAGCCGCAGCAGCCUCCCCCCUCCUGUCGGCCUUCACAGGCGGCUGAAGGUGACUCCAUCUCGGCUGGGAUGCAGAAGCGGCUGCUGAGCCUCCCAUCGGCCGGACACCAGCUCCUGUUUCCCCGGGAAACCAGCGCUCACAGCCGGGGAAGGGAGGCCCUCCGAGCCGGGCUCUCAUCCGCCUGAGCUGACUCAUUUUGUUGGAUCUUUUUCGGAUCUUUUUAUUUCGGGGUGCCUCUCUCUCUGGGUGGGCUCCGGCGGAGGGGGUGCAUGCAUGUGUUCCGCACCGUACGGGCGGAAAAAGCGCCCAAGAUCCGCAGGGAGCAUCUUCCCCAUCAGCAAGGGGGCGCAGGCGGAUCCGGAGCGGCGGGAGAGCACGGAGGCGGCGGUGGACGACAGCAGGAUGACGGUUCAGGAGUUCAACACGCUGGUGGCUCUGUACCGGGAGCAGGUCAUUUCUGUCGGGGAGAUCUCGGUGGACUGUCCGUCUCUGCGGGCUCAGAUGCACCAGACCCGGUCCAAAGGAUGCUCCAUGGCCCGGGCCGCGCACCAGGACCUGGCCAUCAUUUCUGGAUCAGGGCCGGAGGACGGACAGAUCCAUCCUGAAAUCUGCCGGCUCUUCAUCCAGCUGCAGUGCUGCCUGGAGAUGUUCAUAACCGAGAUGCUGAAGUCCAUGUGCCUGCUGGGGGUUCUGCAGCUGCACAGGAGAGCAGGAACCGAGUCGGAGCCCAGAGUCGACUUCCGGAUGGACGAGAGCUCGGACGUUCCCAUCCUGGAGGACCGCUCGUCGUCUCCCAUCGAUUACCCUCAGGAGACGUGGCUGGUGGGGACGGAUAUCGACAACAUAGAGAGGUGCUGCUCUGUUCUUCUUCUGUUUUCUGUCCCACCGUGUGACUCAUCACAACGUGUUUCUGUUGGCAGAGACAUGAAAGAGAUGAGAAACUUACUCAGCAAACUCAGGGAGACGAUGCCGCUGCCGCUGAAAAAUCAAGACGACAGCAGCUUGUUGAACCUGACUCCCCAGCCGCUGGUCCGGCAGAGGAAGAGGCGCUUCCCCGGACUCUGCUGCAUGGUGUCGGGCUGAGGAUCGACAGGAACCUUUACUCCAGCUCUCACCCACAUUUCACUUCAUUUCCUCAAACUAAAAUUGUAAUCUCGGGUUUCCUCAAGAGCUCCAGAAUGUUUAAACUUGGUGUUUUAUUUGGAGGCGGGUCUUUGAGACGUCGGAUCUGUCCGGUUUCUGACCCUGAAGCGUGUAAAUGUCCAGGCUAUGCAGCUGCCUCACUGUGCUUCUCUCAUGGCUCCACAUCGUGUCUCAUUCGUCUUCUGAUCUGUGUGACGUGACAAAGCAAGUCCUCCACGUUGCGCCGCGUUCAUGUACAGAGAGAAGAGAGGAAAAGAAGAAAAGCUGCUUCUGAAUCUUAAUCAUCUGCGUUUUUAAAGCAUAUUUUUAUCUCUUCGAUGUUGUCGGUGAUAAACUUUGCCUGUCUGACAGGAAAGUCUGCUUUUUUCUGCCUGAACCAGUCAGAGCAGAAACUGAAACGUGCAUGAAAAAUGUCAGGAAAGUGUUAAAAAGUAUCUGAUGCUAACGGUGCCUUGGACGGGGAUUCACAUCGCUCACCCUAAACCACCGUGGAUGAUCCAACAGGCGUUCAGUCGUGAGAAGGAAGGAAAAUAACAACGUUAGCUUUGUAGUUUAAUAAACUCCAGUCCGUUUUACUAGAAACUCUGGUCCGCCUACAAACCGAGAUCUGGGUUCAAUUGACGUGAACUCUGGUGCAUAUGUGAAUGCCAAGUGGACUGGAGACCACUCCAAAAGCAGGAAGUGGACUACAGUGCAGGGCAAUCUGGGUAAAUACAACCAAAACAAAAAUGCUAGGUAGCGCUAGCGGGGAAGAUCACUCAAGAAAUUCUCCAACUGCUAAAAUCUGACGCUAAUUCAUAUUUUCUUCACAUCUCAUGGAGAACAAAGUCGCGCUCAGUGUCUUAUUCAGAGGAUUUUAUGUAAUUUUGCUCAGUGGUUCUUGGUGCAGCGCCCCCACAGGCGAGGAGGGGAACAGGUUGCUCAAAAGGUUUGGAUUGUAGAAACGGACAAAGUCUCCAGGACUAUCAGGCAUAAAAUAUUCUAAAACUAGAUUUCUAACUAAAUAAUUAGAUUGGAACUAAAUAUUUGGAUUCAAACUAAAUACUUGGUUUGUCAGACUAAAUAAUUAGCUUGCUAAUUAGAUGGCUACUUUGGAACUGAUGAAAGAAUAAUAUCCUAGCAUCCAAAACGAACACGCUAGUCCAACGGUAGUGGAAGAAAUGAUUCGUUAUUUUUCCCCAGUGAUAAAAGAUUAAUCCUACAAACGCUAAAAUCUGAUGCCACUCACAGUGUUUUCUUUCAGUGGUUUUUAGUGCAGCGCCCCCACAGGAGAGGAGGGGAACAGGUUGCUGAAACGGUUUGGAGAGAACAGCAGCAGCUGAAAAUGUAACAAAUGUUGCCAUUUUGGUCCCAAAUCAAACUGACUUUACGGGACUAUCUGGUGUGAAAACACCCUAAAAUCAACCUCUUAUCUUCUCUGUAAGUUCGUUCUUCUUCACUUUUCAUUUUCCUUCCUCUUUAAAAGGUCUGAACUCUGCUGUUUAUCACAUAAAAUCCUAAUAAAAACAGCGCAGUUUGUAGUUGUAGUGUUCGAAGGAUAUAAAUAUCUCUAGCGCUCCUUCUCCAUUGUCAGAUCUCACUCUAAUAUCUGGUUCGGUUUUAGCCAAGUUGGGUGUGUUUAAACUGGCGGUGCGUUCCUCACCAUGUGGGCGGAGCUCUGAUGACAUCAUCUGUUGGGUGGCCAUUUUCUGCCAAAUCUCUAGCCAUGUUUGUUCUGAGUCUAGUUAACGGCGUAUUGGAAACAAUUAGCGUACCAAACGGCUCCCCAUUAAUGGCACUUAUGUUUUCUUCUUCUGUUUAAUAUUGAAAUUGGUGAUUUUAAUUUCUUCAGUAGUCUUCCCUUAAAGAAAAAUAUGAAUUGGGGCCAUUAAGUGUGCUCAAUAUUAUCAUAUAUUACUAAUAUUAUAUUUUUUGUUGUUGAAAAUUUACAAAAACCUUUAAGAGAAAAAACAAAAAGUAUUAAAAAAAUUUUUCCAAAGGAAAAAAUUUUGGAACUGCAGAAAAAAAAUCCAAACUGAAAAAAUAUUGAUAUUAAAAAAUAUAUAUUUUUUAAUUUUUUAGUUCUAUGACUUAUUUUUCAGUUUCAAAAGAAAAAAAAUGGAAACUGGAAAAAUGGAUUUGAAACUGACUAUUUUAGAAUUGCAAAAAGUAGUUUCAAACUCAUAAAAAUUUAAAUAAAAAAAUAAAAAAAUCUGAAUCUAAAUUGUAUUUUUGAAGUUCUUUUUUUUUUUUUUGU